AUGGACUGUGCGUAUUAUCUAAUACCGCAGUGUUGUAACGAGGGAGGUAUCCUCGCGCACACGGGGCCGAUAAACAAUAAUGCGCACAUAACGAGACGUGUCAUAAUCUACGCCCACGGCCGCGACGGCCUGUCCCACAAAUCGCAUUACGCUAUUCGCAGGCAGCGCGGCCACGCUCAAAUUGGCACCUACGACUCGCCAUUCAGAUAU